UGGUAAAAAGUGCAUGAGCUUAGAAAAUUUGCGACUUUAGUUUGUUUAGUGAAUAGCGCGCGAAGCGGACGACGCGAACGGCGAACGGUGCACGGUGACGGCAGUGACGACUGCAACGGGUCAUAUUUUCAUUGAAACGAACGGUUCAAAACAUUUAAUAAUUACGUCGACGCUAGUGGUACGAAUGUAAUGCCAUGCCUACGUGUGCACCUAAACUUUAAACGAAAGAACGGAAAAUCAGUGGCGAUCACAAAGCAGCUGCUGGAAAUUAUAGUCAUUAGAUUACUAAUGCACACACAAUCGUUAACGAAAGUGAUCAGUUUUUAGUUUUUGAAGUGUUGUCGGCAAAAAGCGAAAAUAACGAAAAAGUUAUGUGAAAGUGCGGAAAGAUUUGUGACCAAGUUGUUCGUUCUUCAUGCGCUGGCAUUUUUGUAAACGAAAAAGAAAAAAUUUUGAAAUGCAGAAAUUGCUAAAUAUUGCAAGUGAAAUGAAAGUGGAGUGCUGAAAAUUGAAUAUUUUGAUAUUUUUGCAAAAGUUGUAAAAUUUAAAAUUUUUAUAAGAAAAUAUAUAUUUAUUUAAUUGAAGUAAUUGAAUCGAUUUUCCAAUUACUAAACCGAACGCCACACAUAAUUUACAGUUGUACAAGCCGCUAGCGCGCUGUGCAAGCUUAAAAGUAAAAGCUGCAAGCCACGAAGCGCCACACAGCCUUCGUCAAGUGCAACAGUUCAAGUGCAACACGAGGCGGUUCAGCCGAAGAGCUGCAAAUAGUGGAACAAAAGGCACGGCCGAAAGCGAUUACAUGGGUAUGCGGCUCAACGCGGAAAAGAAAUAUUAUAUUAAUUUGUGCUUAAAAAUGUUGUUCAACAACAAAGCAUAAAUUCAGCUUAGUAAAAUUCGUGUCUGUCAAGCAGCUGUGUGCAGUCUGAGGAAAAUGUAUGCCAUGAACGAUUUCGAACUCUUCUUCAAAGUGGAUAUCACUUAAAUAAAAUCACAAUUCACAACUGCAGUUUGUCAACAAAAAAAAAAAAUAUUUGCGAAAAUGCCAUAAGAAAAUAUUUUGCAAAAGUGUUUUUGAAAUAAUUGCUAAAUCAACAAUUGCGAAAGCAAAUUAAAGGAAAAAGUAAUAAAUAGCUACACAGUGUUAAUUUAUGUGCUACGGUUUAAAAUAGUUAAAAUAAUUUCUUAAUUAAAAUAUUAAAAGCCGCAGAAGCAGCGGAAAGUGUACUGAAAAAAUCUGCCUUUCAAUUUUUUUUGUUUUUUUAUUGGUGUCAGUGGAAAAUUUUCGCGUGUAACACGUUCGUGUUUUGCGUUCGUCAUUGACGCAACGCCAUUCGGUUGCAGCCAUAUUGAAAAUUGGAUUAUCUAACGCAUUUCAAAAUGGAGGACGAGAGUGACGACAAGGACGAUACGAAAAGAAAAUCUCGAAAUCUCAGUGAAAAGAAGAGGAGAGAUCAAUUCAAUACGCUGGUGAAUGAUUUGAGCGCGCUCAUAUCGACAUCAAAUCGGAAAAUGGAUAAAUCGACAGUGCUCAAGUCGACAAUAGCAUUUUUGAAACAUCACAACGAGGCCACCGAUCGUUCGAAAGUUUUCGAAAUACAGCAAGACUGGAAACCAACAUUUCUUACCAACGACGAGUUUACACAUCUCAUGCUGGAAUCUUUGGAUGGCUUCAUAAUAGUGUUUAGCGGUAUUGGUUCCAUAUGUUAUGCAUCUGAAAGUAUUACUCCACUCCUGGGUUACCUGCCGAGUGACCUUGUGAAUAUGACCAUUUUCGAUUUGACCUACGAAAUGGAUCAUGAAAGUCUACUGAAUAUAUUUCUAAAUCCCAAACCAGUGAUCGAGCCACUACAGACUGAUAUCAACUCAAGUAAUCAAAUUACAUUCUACUUGCAUUUACGGCGUGGCGGUAUCGACAAAGUGGAUGCCAAUGCGUACGAGUUAGUUAAAUUUGUAGGUUAUUUUCGAAACGAUGUGAAUCUAGACAGCAUACAAUCGCAGAACACACUUGCCUUGCCACGUAUCUUCCAAAUGAAUCCCAGCGCGGAGGUGGAUAAGAAAUUGAUAUUCGUCGGCACCGGGCGCAUUCAGACGCCGCAACUGAUACGCGAGAUGUCCGCAAUAGAUCCGACGUGUAACGAGUUCACUUCGAAACAUAGUAUGGAAUGGAAAUUUCUCUUUUUGGAUCAUCGUGCGCCACCAAUCAUCGGCUAUAUGCCAUUCGAAGUGCUCGGUACCUCCGGUUAUGAUUACUACCAUUUUGAUGAUUUGGAGAGCAUCGUGGCUUGCCAUGAAGAGUUGAUGCAAAAAGGCGAAUGUAAGUCGUGCUAUUAUCGUUUCCUUACGAAAGGACAACAAUGGAUUUGGCUGCAGACGGAGUUUUAUGUGUCCUUCCACCAAUUCAGUUCGAAACCUGACUACGUGGUCUGUACACACAAGGUAGUUAGUUAUGCAGAUGUGAUACGCCAAAGUAAGGCGGGCAAUAAGUUGGAGAAAACUCCUUCGAUCAACAAUAGCACUAGUAAGUCGUCCACAUUGACUUUAAGAGACCUUGAAACCACCAGUCAAAGUCUAGAUCCUUCUACACUUUCGGCGAGCGAUAGUGGCAAUGUUAUAAUGGGUAUAUUAAAUGAAGCUUCGCCUCGGCUAGACACAUCACCCAUUUGGCCGAAUGCUCCCUCAACCACUGGCAUAACAUCGACAACAUUCAAGACAUCCCGACCCGCCUCGAGUUAUGGCAAUAUUAGUUCAACUGGAAUCUCACCGACAGCUAAGCGAAAACGAUAUUUCCCACAUAGACCUGGCAACGAAUCGGAUUCCACGUCCAUGUCAGCGGAUUCGGCCACUAGUAAGCACUCGCUGAUGACACAUUUGAGUUCGAGUCGACAACGUCAUGGUCACAGCUCGGGUAUGCAAAUGCCGCAAAGUACAACGCACGCGCAGCAACUGAACGCCAACCAACAUGCACUGCACAAUCACCACCAGUCGCAACAGAAUACACCGCUGCAGAUGAAUCAAACGCAGAACCAACAAAAAAUACUACCGAUGCUACCGCAACACACCACGGCGCAGGCGCAAAUGGUGCCCAACAACCCAUGUCAAUUCACACAGCCCACCUUCCCGAUACGCAGCUCGCAAAUAGUCGGUCCCACAUUCCUGGAGCCAUCGCAAUAUCUUGCCGCCAUACCGGUGCAACCGGUGAUCGCGCAAUUUCCGGUCGCGCCGGUGCUCUCACCGCUGCCGGUGAAUAUGAGUACGGCGCCACCUUGGAAAGCGGCUGCGCAAUCGACGAACGGCACCUUCGAUCCGCUGCAGAGCCAAGCCGACAUGCUCUCCGGUGCGGUGGUGAUGACGCCCACCCAAACCCAGCUGCAGGAUCAGCUGCAACGCAAGCACGACGAAUUGCAAAAGCUGAUCAUGCAACAGCAAGAUGAAUUGCGCAUGGUCUCCGAGCAGCUACUGUUAGCGCGCUACACACUGCUGCAGCCGAUGAUGCCGAUGAAUUACAAUACGCCGCCGAAUAGCGGUCGCAGCAAUUACAAUUUCGCCAGCGCCAAUUCGACGAUGGAGCAGCAAUUCACGCAAUUUGGCUUCACUAUGAACUCCAGCGAGCAGCUAGUGGAUCAGACGACGCAGCAGAUGAUGUUGCAGCAACAACAACAACAGCAGCAACAACACGCGCAGACGCAACAGCAGCAUAGUAUGCAGCAACAGCAGACGCAGCAUAUGCAAACCCAGCAACAACAACAACAAAUGCAUAACCACAAUCACCAACAACAGCAACAACAACAAACAACGCCACAAAGCAAUCACCAUCAGCAGCACCAUCAUCAUCAGCAAUCGCAACAAAAUCAGCCGCAGCUGCAACAACACUUGCAGGCGCUGCAGCCGCAGCCGCAACAACAACAGCAACAGCAGUCGCAGGAGCAAACGCAACAACUGAAUCUGCUCUCACGCAGUGUACCUGAUCUGGCGCAAUUCGGCCACGAAGACAUCGACGCGUUCUUCAAUCUCUCGCCGCUGCAAACGAUCGGCAACACGCAACCGAGUCAUAAUUCGCGCAGCAACAAUAAUUUGGUGAGCUCCAGUAAUGGGCAGCAGCAACAGGGCAGCAUGAAUCAGAGCUUCAUCAACAACACCAGCGCACCGCAAACGACAAAUGAGGAUUCGCUACUCACCUACAUGCAAAUGGCCACCGAAUCGAGUUCGACACUCAACUUCCCGAUGGGCAUUAGCGAUGAUGGCUCCGAAUCGCAGAGCGAUCGUAUCGAUGCCAAAUUAAUUGGCGGUAAUCAAGUUAUGCAACAACAGCAACAGCAUCAAGUGUUAACUCAUCAACAACAACAACAACAGCAGCAGCAACAACAACAACGCACCAAUAAUUUCUUUCCGAACAAUCCAUUCGAAGCGCUCGGCAAUCAAGCGACCACAAAUCAAUUACCUAACGAUCUGGAAAUACUGCCCUAUCAGAUGUCACAGGAGCAGUCGCAGAACCUCUUCAACUCACCGCAAUCCUCGAGAAAUAGUCAAUAGCCUUAAGCCGCAAUUCGAAUUAGUUUAGUUGUAAGCUUAGAGUUAGUUUUAGUUUUUUUAUUCUGUGUAUGUGUGCGUCUCGAUACAUAUUCGUAUGCAAUAUUCGUACCUAAGGUGUAGUGCUUAAGUACAAACCCUGCAGGAAAAUUCACUGAUGUAUGUACAGAUAUAUAUCUACUUUAAUCCGUUUAAUCAUUAACAUGCCAUCUUAUUGUUGGUUAGAGUGAGCGUAAAGGUACAAUCUUCCCAACGGUACAUUAACAAUGCUUUUUAAAAACGAAAUAAUGUUAUGUCAGUAAAUAGGAACACUCUAAAAUAUUAUCCUUAUUUAUAUGGGUACUAUAUGUUUCUUAUAUUCAAAGCAAAAGUUCUCACACCCCACAUCUAAAAUGUUGAAAUAAGUAGAAUUCACUACGUCCAAAAAUAUUUCUCGAUAAGAUUUCACACCUCAUUUGAAACCUAACCGAUUUGAACCCAAUUUGAGUCGUAGCAUUUGCAUGACAUCCUCCUGUUGUAACUCGUAAUUCGAAAUCGGUCUACACUCUUGGUCAGGUGUCCCUGAAAAUUCUACUAACUUUCGCUAUUUUCGUUGAUUUUUUAACUUAAAUGUCUCGGUUAAAGUUUGAGUUUACUUAUCCUGGUAGGACCAAUGAGUUCACGAAAACGAGCACCCUUACCCAAAUCUCAUUAAGGUGGGAACGAGCAGGUGUACCUCUGUUUUCGUGCAUUCGGCCGCUUAAUCAAUAGUCCUCGCACAAGCUCGGUAAGUGCUAGCCAGCAACCAGCACUUGCGAGGUUGCGAAAGUCCCAGAGUGGGACGAAAAAAGAUUCGUAAGUGGGAACAAUGACAGGUGUCCCAAUUAGACCCCACUCUGUAACAUUGGCGCGGUAAAGUCAAAGGUUUUAAGGGACUCAGCUUGUCAAAGUUGCAAGGAGGAACAUAAAUUUCAGAUGUCUAUACACAUUCUCCUUCGCUGUCCAGCUUUCGUCUGAUUAAAGUUGAACCAUCUAUGUUGCCAUACUUUCUACGAAGCCGGCUCAAACAAUUUUUGCUGGAGAGGCGUCUCUAGCCGUCCAAGUGGGUGUACUCGUGGCACUCGUGGUGGAAAAAUAAGCGUACUUACCUAACCUAACCCAACCUGAACUUUCGAAGUAAGGUUGGAAUGUUAUCUUGAUGAAACUUUAAUUAAGUUUCGAAAAUAUAAUAUCGAUAUUGGUACAGGUCUACGCUGAUCUUCCAUACCCAAUAUAAUGAUUUCUCCACUUCUGUUAGAUUUUUUGUCAAAUAUCAUCAGUUUAUCUGUUAAAUAUUUAUUUAUGUAAACAUUUUGGAAAACGGAGGUUGAACUUCAAUCACCUCGUUGGCCAAUCGUCCGAACCAAAACGUGAAACUAUCUGCACACCGUAAUGUUCUGUCAAUAAAUUCAUGCGAAGUGACGCCGGAUCGAUGAAACCAAAUGUAGCCGAUAUCAUGAGCUUCAAUUUCAGGUAUCAAACAGUCGAUUAUCACGUUACGUUCUCACUGGUAUGAUUUUUGAAGUAAGAUGGACCAAUGAUUCCACUAGCCCACGAACCAGUACAUAUUUUUUGCAAAUAGUCGAAAAAAUGGGAAACUCAAAAGCGCAGGAUCUUAGGCAGAGGUGCUCAUGCCAGGAAGGAAUGUUUUUGAGGUAUCUACCAAACAAAUUUUCAGUUAAUCGUUUUCUUCCCACCCUACUCAAUGUACUUGUAUAAUGAUUACGAUAAUAUGUAUUACUUAAGAUUGCUUCGGCUCUAACCACGCCUAGCACUUUCUGACUUGUUUCCUCGUUAACUUCAGCAGAUGUGAAGCUGCACUGCAGGGUGCGUAGAGGCUAAAUGGCUAAAGCUUUUUUAAUUUGAAUGUAUGUUUGUUGGAGAAUGCAUUUUUAUCACUCCGAUAGAAUUAGUUACAGUAAAAGUUAUGUGUGUAUAUGUUUAAGAAUUAAUUGGAUAUAAAUUUCCUUAAUUUAAUAUUGAUUUUUGUGCAAUGAAAUAUUUUCGUGCGUGAUCUGCUUGCCAAAAGUUUAAUUCAAACUUGGUAUUAUAAGAAUACAUUGUUUCUAAGUAAGAACUAGUGUUUUUAAGUAAAUUUAUUUCAAUUAAAUGGCAGCUACAAAUUAUAGUUUUUGUUGCAGUGUGUGAUAAAAAUAUUGUUUAACGGAAGAGUUAAUGCUUUUUUUAACAGAUUAAUAAUCCUAAUUUUUUUGUUGUUUUUUCCAUAAAAUUAUGGAGAAAGCAGCUGUUUUAUGUGAAUCCAACGCAUUUAUGUGUAUGUCUAAAGUUAGCCUGCUGCAUUAAUUGCUCUAUUGAAGUUUAAUGAAAAGACAAUUAAGAACACAAAAUUAGAAUUUUUCAUUCUACUAACUUGUCGUUUUGAGGUUAGUUGUUUUGUUACUUCUCUUUGCUUUUUUUCCAAAUUUCUAAUAAAUUUUCCGCAUUAAUUUGUCGUCUUUCUAAUUUUCUGCAAACAUCUUUGUUUUUCUUUUUGAUUUUUAUCCUUAUCUAUGUAUAGAAAUAUAUUUAUAAAUAUACUUUACAUGGUAAAAAAAAUUGUUAAAAAAUAUUUAAACAUUUUUUGUAAUAAUAGUAUGAAUAAUAUUUUCGAACUUAAAUUCUCUUGUGAUAUAAUUUAAGGGAAAUUUGAUGUUUGUUAUUUGUUUAUUUUUUGUUUUUAUACAGUAAUUACGCACUUAAGCUAAAUAUCGUCACCUAACAUGCAUAACAGCGUAACAUCACUUUUCACAAGUUUACAGGCGAAGGAAAAACGUUAUAAUAACAAACAUACAUACAUACAUACAUACAUACAUACAAGUGAAGCUAAUAAAAGCGUAUUAAAAACCAUUCAUAUUGUAACGAAAUUUGAGUUUUGGUUAUAAAAUGGUUAUAUUUUGGUUAUUUAUGUGUGUAUGAUAACCAAAAUAUAACCUUUUUAAACAAAACUCAAAUUUUCAUGAAUCUAAAUUUGACUUUGGUUUAUAAAAUGGCUGGUUAUUAUAUCUGACAGCGAUUUUCGAUUACUUUUUUUUUUUUUUGAUGAUGCGUUGUUUUGUAUUUUAGGUGACGAUAUAUUAAAUCGGUCGAGUUAAAAUAUAUAAUAUUAUAUAUUUUUUAUAUGCGCCUGUUUGAAAACUGUAAAUAAUUUAGUUCAGAUUAUUUGUUAUGUUCAGGUUUUGAGACACUUGUUGCUUGUCUAACAAAAGUAAGUUUAGAAUUCGAUUAUAUUAAAUUUUAGGUUAGAGCUAAAUUUAAGGUUAUAAUUGUAGUUUCUAACAAGCAAACAUUCCACCUUAUAGCAAAAAAACAUAUUUUAAAUAAUUUAACAUUAACCCACCUGAGAUAAUUAUAUGUAAAUUCAAAACAAAGUUGGCAAGUUGCCCACCUUAGGCUGUAGGUUUUUUACGAUGUUCAUAGAGUUUUGACUAUAACACAAAUUGCAUUUUAAAAAUUGAAAUUUUUAUUUUUUUGAAAAAUAAUUGCAGUA